AGUGUACAAUCAUCUUGCGCACUGUACCUCAAACGCGACUCCACGCGUUGGAGGAAGGAGAGCUCAGUCACUUCAGCUCUCGUACCUUAAAUUCCAGUAGAAGCGACGAAGUGAUGUUAACAAACAUCUCCAGGCACCGCCUGUCUUUUUAGAAUCACGAGUCCACGAGAAAACGCCAUGAAGUCACCCACCGCGCACACCACGACAUGGCAGAACUCAUUCUCUACAGCCAGACGGAGAUCGAGUACCGUGUCUCCGAGGGCCUACUGGUAGGGUGCCCGACUCUAGAUCUUUGCGCUUCGCGAGAAGCUUCAGGGAAUCUUGUCCGUGUACAUCGGCCACCUCAACAAAUAGUAUCCAAAAUCCAGCAGCUUGGAUCACCUGGGGUCAAGGCACCCGAGGCGCUGACAUUGACAUGGAAGGCCGAUGGUCAGUUCCUUGCUGUGGGCUGGAGCGAUGGUGUCGUCCGCCUGAUGGGUCUCGAGAACAACAAGGCUGCUCAUCAUAUUGAAGUUUGCCCCAGCGGGCGUGAUGCUAGGAUAGCAUACGUUGGCUGGUCUUGCAACAAAAUCACAUCACGCUGGUCUAAAGCUACCUUGGGGGGUAUUUCGAAUGCAGAACUUGAGAAAACCGAGAGACUGGAUAAGGAUAUUGAGGCGAAUCUACCGAGGCAACUGACGUUUUUCGACGUCGACACGGCGCUACCUAAGUUGAGUCCACUGCCAGGAAGCAGUGCUGGGAACGGCGAGGACGCAAUAGUGUUCACUCUUCGCACCGGCCUCCAGUUCCUUUUUGAGGACCCCAAGCCAGAUGACUAUGACCAGGUCAAUGUCAUGAUUGUCGGCAGCACUGACGGACAACUUCAUCUCAGUAUACACGACUCCUUUGUCAUUGGGAGCUUUCCUGGGCCCGGAUUACCAGGUUCAGGAUCAGAGGGUCCGCCCCAGCUUCUGGGCCUGGCAUCGCACCUGGACAUCUCCACGCGCGCACUGCUGAUGGCUGAAACUGGGGAUCGUCCCGAGCAUCUGUACCUGGUCCCAAUGGAUCUUCCCUUUAUAUCAUCAGUGCCGAUCAACUUGUCGUUGCUUGCCGCCAAGUUGACCACGUUGCAGACGUUGCUGCGAUAUCUGAAACAAACGCAGCUCCAUAUGCAGUUCGAAUGGAAGAGCACACGGGAAUUACCAACCAGAUUUUUGCGCAGUGUCGAGGCGGGACUAGAAGAGAUGGAACGAGGACCAACCAACAUCGUCGCCGCGUUGUAUCAUACUCUCGUAACAGGGCACGCGCAUGGUCCUGUGAAAGAGUGGCUUGUCGAAAGCUUGGCGGAACGUGGACACAAGCGGUGGGAAAAGGCGGUGGUCUCUGGGCUGGAGAACCUACGGGCCUUAGUUCAUGAGAACUUCCUCCCAGCACUCGAACGUUGCAUUAUCAUACUCAGCCGUCUCCGAGGCCUCGCUCUUUUCCACGAUGAUCGAGCAGACAUUGGCUUCACCGCUACGCAGAUCAACAAGGUGAUGGACAUAUUGAGCUGCCUGAUGUUGGUGGGCAACAAGAUCUUGCUCCACACCAUGGAUGAGCUCGAUCAUUUCAAAUCCUUCUCGGCAUGGCUGCGCUUCCAGAUUGACCGUCUUGCCCUCUCCAACUCUGAAGGUGAAGAGCUCACAGAGAGGGAGGCAACGAUGAACACGGGUAAAGCACUGACGUACAUUGAGUCUUACUUGGUGCAUAGCCCUCUACAAGCGUACCUAGAGGAAGUAGCCGAGCAAGAUCGAGACCAGGCGUGGGGCUACGCUGAGCAAGGCAUCGCACUGAAAGAUGCUAUGCGCGCCCAAAUUCGCAAGCUCGAGCGCAGGGAGGAAGCUAUGAAGGCAAUGCCCAAGGUCCAAUUCCUGGUCGACUAUGGAAUACAUUGGUCCAACACGAUAUUUGGACAAAUCGCAGAGGCCAAGAAGCGAAGCGUCAGGUUUGGCGUCCCCCUCAGGAUGAGCCUUGGCCGAAAGGUGGAUUUGCACGAUACCAGAAUGCAUGCGUUAGACACAGGCUGCAUGAUACAAGCUGCCCUUGCUUCCAAGGAUGAAAGCAACCGAGUAUACCUUUUCCGGUUCGAGCUGGCCAUCAAGAACGGCAUCAGCAUGAAUACGGGGAGCUAUGCAUGUACGCUCGAUUUGGGGGGCCGUCAAGUCGUCGACAUAAAGUACCUCGAUGACAAUCACCUUGCCAUUCUCCACGUCAACGAAGACAAAACCGUGUCUAUCACCACAGUCCCCACCUCCUCGCAGUCGGUUCCUUUCGCCGCAUACGAGGGGACCAAUGUCCCCGUAGAGGCCAUCGAGCCUCAUGACUUUACAGCAUAUCGGCUGCCAGCCGGUCACAAACCAAUUCGGAUGGAAAUCCACGGCAAAGCGAACGUUCGCGGAGAGAUCCCCCAGAGAAUAUGCUUGCUGAGCAGUAAUCGGACGACGUGGCGGACAUACACUCUACCGGGCGUCACCAAAGAAUAGAGC